AUGAUAGCCAUUGGUGGCUCGGCAACAGGCGGUCCUGUUGACCCAUUUGCAACUUCUGCAUCACGAGUGCUAACUCAACUUCCUGAGAAGACCUGGUUGGAGAGCAUUGCCGUACGCCGUAAUGGUGAUAUUCUUGCCACAAGCCUCUUCUACUCGUCAAAUAUUUUCACAGUAUCGCAGCCAUCUAUGCAUGCACAUAACACGGCCAAGAUCCUCGCCUCUGUUCCGGAAGUCAACAGUCUCCUCGGCAUAACCGAAUUGCCAGAAUCAUAUGGCGAAGAAGCUUUCUUCUUCGUUGGCGGCAACUUUACGAGCCUAACGACUUUCACUACAGUUGUUGGCUCUUUCAAAGGCUUUAGAAUCACCUUUCCUAGAGAUGGCAACCCCAUUGUUCAGAAAGUUAGCGAUCUCGCGCCAUUUUCAGCAUUUCCAAACGGCGUCACUGCUAUUCCACAGUCCCCUGGAUCUGUGCUUGUCGCCGAUUCUUUUGUUGGAGCCAUUGGCCGCUUAGAUCUCUCAACUGGCCACUACGAUCCCAGGGCUUUUGCAUUCGACGAAAUGACUGUGCCCGAGGGGGCAAAGCUACCAAUUGGUGUAAGCGCUAUGCGGAUGAAAGGGCCUUAUCUGUACUUUGGGAAUCCGUCGACUCAGUCAAUCUUCAAGGUCAAGGUUGACUCCAAUGGAUAUCUCAUCAAGGGAGCUCAGCCAUCUUUGGUUGCAAACAUUUCAUCUGUGGCGCCUGGGCUUGAUGACUUUAUAUUUGAUCCGCAGGGCAAUAUUCUUCUCGCCACGAAUAGCCCCGAAAACGCAAUCGUUCAUGUCGAUGUUAGGACCGGGAAAAGCAAGCGUAUAAUUGGGGGGCCGGCUGAUCCUUUAAUGCCUGAUUCAACAUGUUUAGCCUUUGGACGAGGUACUUUUGAUACCAAUACGUUCUAUGUUUCCACGGGGAGGAAUAUCUCAGAUCCGACUACUUCGGCUAGAAUUGUGGCAGUUGAUGCUAGUUUGUUAAAAUACUAG